CCGGCUGAAAUCGAUGUGUUAGUAGGAAAGGACCGAGAGGGUUUCUUCACCAGUGGGCUGACCUUAGGUGGUAAAAAGUGCUCAGUAAUCAGAGACAGCCUGCAAAUUGAAAACGACUGGACAAUGGACAUCCGGACAAAGAGUCAAGGAGGGGAGCCAACAUACAAUAUUUCUGUAGGCAAAGCAGGCAAAGUCUUGGUCUUGGUAAUGGGCAAAGAAGGGGUCCAUGGAGGCGGAUUGAAUAAGAAGGCAUACUCGAUGGCAAAAUACUUGAGGGAUUCAGGGUUUUAGAUUAGAAGUAGCUUUUGUGGCGUAGCAGAGGAAAUACAAAAA